GCGACGGCUUCAACCCGGGGCGCUGUGUAAACAACAGCUAGCGGUUCAUACAUACAGGUAUCAUAUCCGUUAAGAGAUAAACAAACGCUUUUUUUAAAGUGUUUACAUUUAAAAUCACACCCAGUGGAGACGUUACUGUAGCUGCAGUCAAUGCGCAGCUGUUAUUUUACCGGCUCUCCGUCAGCGGUCCUAGCUUGAGCCGUUAGCCGUUUGUGAUGGAGGAUCUGCCGCAGCUUCCUCCUGAAGUUUGGGUCUACGUGUUCAGCUUCCUGAGCACGGAGGAGAAGCACACGGUCCGCGCCGGCUGCAGGCACCUAAAGAGGCUCAUCGACCACCCGUCCUUGUGGAGGGACUACACGGUGGUCCUUACCGACCUACGCCGCUACACCUACGGCUUCUGGGACACCCUGUACCACCGCAAGCUCACGCGGGUGGCGGUGCGACACCUGCGGCGCAAAGAGUGGCGGCGGCUCGUCAAAUUCCUGCCGACCCUCACUGCCAUCGUGUUUGUGGACGGAGGGCGGCUGUACAAGGGGAAAUACCUGGACAACCUGUCCCGGUUCCCCGAGUUGAAGGAUUUCGGUGUGCGAAACGCCACCUGGGACGAGCCGAUGGUCGGGAGGAGUCUGGCCGGGCAGCUCCACGAGCGGCUGACUCACCUGAGCGCGUGUAACGUGCGGCUGCCCUGCACGGUGGAGUUUAUUAACGCCGUGUCGCACCUGGUAAACCUACGGUACCUACUGUUUCACCAGCAGGGAGAGGGCUACGGGCUGGACACGGUGAGACCAGUGCCCUGUAGUGUCUUCCACAACCUGCUGCUGAGCCUGAAGAAGCUAAAGCACCUGUCCUGGGGAAUGAGGGGGGAGCCGCCAGAGCCCCUGCCCGACGACUACCUCAGCCCCCCAGACCCGGAGCAUCCAGGAGCGGCCCGGUAUGGCGGCCCGGCUCUGACCAGUCUGGAACUGGUGGAUUACCCAGAAACCAUCCUGCCAGAGAACGCACUGAGGAGCCUGACCUCGCUCAGGUCGCUGACUGUUCGCUACAGGUACAUCAGAGAGGGCAUCGAGUGCCGCCUCACGUCCUGGCUGAGUCCCCUCCAACAGCUGGAGACGCUCACCAUCAUCGGUGGCAAUUCUCUCGCCACCUAUACGACCACCAUCCCGUCCAGUGUGACCAGGCUGACGCUGCGUGUGGCCAUAACUCUGAAAGACAUGGACUCCAUCGCACCUAAAGUCCCGGCACUCGAGCACCUCGACAUCGAACAGAACCGCUCCAGUGGCAGCCUCUGCAGACGGAUCCCCAUGCUGUUUCCCCAGCUCCGGACGCUCAGGAUACGGUUUUUCCGUAGAGAACCAGAGAAAGACCUGCUGAGCCUCCACCGGCUCCGACACCUGGUGCAGCUGGAGCUGCUGGUGGAGCGCUCCUUCAUCCUGAGAGAUUACCUGAACGGUCACCCCUGGCCCAGCCCCUGCGUACAGGAGCUCAUCAACCAGCUCCGAGAGCUGUCCGAGAACAGGAUCACCGUCAUCACAACGAUGCGCCAGAGAAACCCGCUACGAGAGUGUGACUGUGUGUGGGAGGGUGACUGAAGAGGGGGAAGCGAGCUGGGGAAGUUCGAUCUUAUUCCUCCGUAAGAAGAAGACAGAAGGUUGAAAUAAAAGACAUUAAGACCGACAUACACAAAGCGUACUGAAGGUGUUUAGAAAAUCAUAAAUCUUAUCAUUUUUUUUAAAGAAGAAGCCUGAACAUGGCGGUUAUUGGACUAUGAAUCAAAGAUUGGAGCAAUUGCUGCCAUCUUUGAUUCAAGACCCUUUGAAAACGAAGCACUAGAUUCCAGGGGGCAUACGAGUCAUGAGAGAUGACUCGGCUCAGACGCUCACUGUACAUCCUUAUUUUUAAAGCCGCCAAUCAAACACUAGUCAAGUUUCAGCAGCACCAACACAUAAAGGAUGCUUGCUUAUAAAAAGCCUCGUAACAACUAUCGAGUGUGAUUUUGAAUGACCCGUGACGCUCACACGGUAAAUUCAUCCAAACGUCCAGUCGUCCCUCUGACGGACAGAUGUGACGCCUCUGCAGCGGAGUUCCACUCGUGUUACUUUACGUUUGAGAAAGCAAACCAGUCAAAGAUGAAAGACUGGAAUUACUUGUUGAAUCAAACGAGAAUGUGGGAUCGUUGUACUGAUUGUUAAAUUAUGCAAAAACAUUCUGCUGAAUUAAUCAUGACGACAGCAUGUGGGACGUUUAGAGUUUGCAUUUAGAAAGGCCUGAAAAAAACAAAACUGGUGUUAAUGUAGUAUUCUUAAAUAAAGCCCAGUACGACUUGGGUCAGAUAUCAGGAGAUCAGAGCCGCCCACUUUAUUUAUUGUCUCAUUAAUACGGGCACUUUGUUUUAAAUUCAUUCUGUUUUUCUUUUUUUAAAUGAUGAAGGUACUUGCAAAUGACACGGUAGUACAAAAUGUAAACCAUACUUCAGUAUUUUAUACUUUCUUUCUUUUUCCACAUUGACUCAAAUGAUUCAUGUGAGUCACAGCCAACGUUCCCGCCAAAAACGUAAUGAUAUAUAUUAUUAUUUUGUUGUAUUUAAAUGAUUUCACCCGUUAAUUAUGCAAUAAACUACCUGAUUUGCUUAA